CGCUCAGUGGCUCAGUGAUAUCCUGAUUUGACUACUUAUGUCUUAAAUUCUGUGUCAACAGCUGCUGCUCACGCUAAAUAUUCUCACUUUUCUGUGCCCGUGAACAAUGGCAUUUAAUGACAUACCCAUCGACACUUUAAAAAGAAAAAUAGAUGAAGCUAAGCGCUUUCUCUCCAUAUCGUUAAGUAUCUCAAAUGCGCACACUGUGGACUUUUACACGCGUGAUGUUUGGAGCAUGUUCAUGUGUGUGAGUCCAGAGGAAGUGUUGUGUGCUAUCAGUUCCACACAAGACCGCAUGGGGGCGAUAGAAGGUGAAAUUGAGCUCAAGAAUGGCGAGGGACUUGGAUGUGUCCAUAGCAAAUUAUCUAUGAUCAAUGAGAGAUGGCAAACAGUCUGUGUUGAUUUCACUAAAUUACCUUUUUUCCCCCUCCCUCUCUUUUCUCUGGCUGGUGCCCAGGAUGCAGUUCUGGUUGGCCUGCAUACAUGUGGAGAUUUGGCCCCCAGCACUCUGCGGAUGUUCAGGGCCAAACAGGAGCUGCGCGCCGUUUGCAGUGUGGGCUGCUGCUACCACCUGCUCUCUGAAGAGUUUGAUCAGGACAGACAGGGGUGUGUCGAUGGUGUGUGUGGUUUCCCUAUGAGUCAGUAUCUGAAGGCUCAGGCGUGUUUCUGUGGUCGAAAUGCCAGGAUGUCAGCUUGUCUCGCUCUGGAGAGAGUGUCUGCUGGAGGAGGGCUGCCUAUGGAGUCACUUUUUUAUCGGGCGGUUCUUCAUGUUAUUUUACGGAAUCACUAUGAUUCCUUUAAAAGUGAGAAACGUGUUGGGAAUGUGUUCUCCAAAGCCUCGUCGUUUGUGGACUAUGUCAGACGAGCACUUAGGAAGCUGGAUCUGGAUGACACCACACUGUCUGACGGUGACAUUCAGAGUUAUCAUGAACUCUACAGUCCCAGAAUGAAUGAGAUGGUGGCUUUUAACAUGUUGAAAGUCACUUUGGCUCCGUGUAUAGAGGGUCUCAUCCUCCUUGACCGACUUUGCUACUUGAAAGAGCAGGACAAUGUGUCUCAUACUGCGCUGGUUCAACUCUUUGACCCCCUCCAGUCCCCUAGAUGUUAUGCAGUUGUUGGUAUAAAGGAAUCUACAGUUUGAAGACCAAAGCUGGUAGCCCUGCUGUUUAGUGUAAUUUUUUUUAUUUAAUUUUAAUUUAUUCUUUUGAUAUAACUUUU